AUGCACGCGACGGUUGUUUCCAUGGAGCCGGUUUGAGCUAACGUUAGUGGAAUAUCUCAAAUUCGCUUGUUGAGUCAUUUAUCUGCGUGCUGUCUCGCGGCUACACGACUUUCAGGAUGUCAGGAGGAAAAAACGUCGAGACUCUGUUUUCUUUUGAGCUGUUGGUGGAAAAUAUCCGAGUAGAGAAAGACACGAACGUCUCCGACCAGCUAGCUCUUGCUGUUCGACUGCUAGAUUUCCCAACAUUGCUAAUUUAUUCUCCCCAACAACAUGCAAGUGAUGACAUAAUCCAAGCCGGGCAGCAUGGACAACAUAUACGGGGAGAAUACGUCUUUUACAGAGGCAAGUCUUGUUUCUUCCUCAUGAACUUGAGCUCCCUGCACACACACCUGUCUAACACUCCUCUCUAUGUCAUGGUGCUGGAUGUGAAAGAGGAGAUUCCCAAAUUAAUCGGCUCCUCCUUGAUAUCAAUGGCUAAUGUGAUGGACAGGAUCAUGCAGGAUGUGGCCGAGCAUGGUGUUUCUGUUCCCUCAUCACAUGGAGAAAAGAGGCACGUCAGCAUGUGCAGCCUCACAGGGGAGAACAUUGGAUUCAUUUCCCUGAGUUAUAAACUUAUAAGUCUGGGGACUAACUUACUGCCACACACUGCAGACGGGAAGACUAUUGGAAACACGGGAGUACACGGAGGACAACAUGUGCAAGAAAGCACGGAGGAGAAAAACAUAUCGAGAGAAUCGCUUCCUCUUUCCCAUCUAUCCACACGAAACAAAGCACCAGCAAGUUCAAAAACCAGGAGAAGUGAUGACCAGCAAGAGGAUGCUGCUGUGUUUGUCGCCACCGAACGCAGCCUGAGAGCCCAGACCUCUCAAACACUCCCUGAAAAUGAAAAGGAGGAGGAUUUAAACAUAUUCUGCCCCCCACAACUUUACUACAGUAAGUUUGCAGAGGAAAAACACAUGAACACUAAAGGGGAUAACAAACAACUAAUUCUAGACUCUGAGGUGUUCACAAUUGAAGACUCAUGCUCUGAGGAUGAGCUGAUGGUUGGUCUAAGUGUCCCAAAACUGGACCACAGAGUGAGAUAUGAUACAAAACCCCCAAGAAACCAAGAAAAGAGUGAGGAGAGUCCUAGUGGCCUUGGGGAAACUUUACAACAGCUGCCUCUACUCAACGCUCUUCUUGUUGAACUCUCACAUUUAAAUGGUCAAAAUCCUCAGCAGCCCUUGCCCAUUCAUCCCAAUCUAGCAUGGAUUUACAGGUCUGCAUCCACAGAGCCUCCACAUUUAAGAAACUCACAUUCUCCAAAAGAAAAUUCUACCUCAACAGUUAAGCCCACAACUGUACAAAAAAAGGACAAACAAGUAGAGGGUUUGCAAAGCUCCAGUAAGUCUACCAGGAAGAAACUUGUUUUUGGAAGCACCAAAACAUUCAAUAUGAGGUUGAAACAAAUUUCUCCUCACAAAGUACAACGUGAAUGUAUUGAAUUAAUACAGAAUAAUAAACAGACGAGUGUGGCCAAAGUAAAGUCAAAGCCACAGGAUAAAUUGGUAAAGUCCAGCCAAAAGAAAUUCUCAAAUCUCAAUGAAAAUGUUGAGACAAUGAUGCAAAAUAUAAAAGUGGACUCAAUCACAAGAAGACAAAGAAGCCUGCAGGGGAAAUAUCAUGAUGGACAGGAAAGAGACUCUGAGAGAAUUUUAGAAAAACCUUCCCCUGCUGAGAGAAGAGACUUGACAUGUAUUCACAUUCCCAGCGUGGAUAGUGACAGCACUGCCCAAAACAAAGAGAAAAGUGAACAUCAGAGUGAAUCCAAUCAAUCACCGCCUGAAUCUGGCAGACACAGAGGGGAAUUUGAAUCCUUAGGAAGCAGCACACAAAGCAGCCGAAAGUCUUCAUUUUCAGACUCCAGUGAGAAAGGGAACGAGGAAGAGGACUACGCUGAUGACUUUAACAGUCUCAGUGAUGCCUACUCUCCUGACCCUGUGAGUAGUCCAGAUCCUUCUAGAGUAAACACUCCAAAGUCUCCUGUCUGCUCCGACUCCUGCAACCCGGACUCUGCUUCACUCCACAAGAGAGCUGUGUUCCCUGUGCCCCUCAAAACGUCCAGCUCUCCACAGCGGUCUCUGAGGGCCACACACAUCAUACGACCUCGAACUUGUGCCUCUCUCCUCAGCUUUUCCUCCGAUGCUGGUGACAGAGAUGAGUCGGCUUCCUUACAGACCAUAUGCUCCAGAAAGCAGGUGAUGGAGAGCAGCGGAGUGGAAAGAAGUGGAGUUGCUGACAGUUUCCUAUCAAGAAGUCAGAGGAGCGAGUCCAAAACCAGCAGUCCUGUUCGAGGAUUUUCCACAGGUUCUGUGUCUUCCCUUGAGCAACAGGAGGCAGAGGAGAUGAAGGAUGAGCUUGGAUCUUUGGAUAUUAGAAAAGAGUAUCAGCAUAUAUCUGAGCUAGUGGCCAGAAAACUCCCUGGUUACACCCUGUGAGAAAUGAAUGGCCAUUUAUAUUAAACUGAACUGUACAUCUCUCAUAAAUAUGUAAAUGUGCCUGUUUUACUUUGAGGUAUUAUGUAAUAAAGAAAAGCUCACUCAC